AUGGAGGAUUCAUCAGCACCACUGUUGACCAACAUCGAAGACGAAGACACUUCUCAACCUUUGACCUUCGACAAGAUUUUCGAACAGAGCUUGUCUGGUUUCAGUUUCUCACAGUUCUUACAGAUACUUCUUGUCGCGGUUGCCUUCACCUUCGACGCGCAACAGAUAUUCAUCACCGUCUUCACAGAUGCAUAUCCCACGUGGCACUGUCUCGACCACACGGUCUGCAACCCAACAACCACCGACAUCUGUGAGCUUCCCCGGUCAGCCUGGGAAUGGGACGGCGGGUCCAAGGGCAAAACCGUCAUUUCAGAGUUCGAACUCGAGUGCUCGAGCUCUUUCCUCAGAGGUCUCCCCACGUCUGCUUUCUAUUUAGGUUCAAUCGUUGGAGGCGUUUUCAUGGCUAUGAUUCCAGACAGUUUCUUGGGACGGAAGCAACUACUUUUCUUCACAACCCUAGCUAUGUCAUGCGCUGGAAUCUCAAUCUACUUCUCCACCAACAUAUGGAUCUACGUUUUGUUAAAGUUCAUCAUCGGAUUCGCGCGUUCACAGAUAGGCACGUACGGGUUCAAUCUCAUAGGUGAGCGAGUUUCCACGAAAUGGAGACCACGAGCUGCUAUGAUUCCUUUUACUCUCUUUGUCUUAGGGCUCAUGUCUUUGUCUGGAAUCGCUUACCUUGUUAGACACGCUUCUUGGAGAGUUCUCUAUCUCUGCACAUCUGUUCCAGCAGGUAUCAACAGUAUCUUCAUCUAUUUCUUUGCCCUAGAGUCUCCUCGUUGGCUUCAUGUCCAAGGAAAGAACGAAGAAGCUAUUGAAGUGCUCAAAAAGAUUUCACCUGCAAACAGAGGUUACUUGGAGUCAGUGUCUUCUAGGUUACCUUCAAAAGAUGACGUGGAGAACACUCAAACCAGCUCGAUAAAGGACUUGUUCAUCAGAAAAUGGGCUUUUCGAAGAAUCUUGGUCGUUAUGAUCAUAAUGUUCGGGUUAGGUAUGAUGUAUUACGGUGUUCCCUUAGCGGUUAGAGACAUAGACGUGAACGUCUACUUAAGCGAAGCCCUAAACGCAGCGGUGGAGUUACCAACCUUUGUAAUCACACCAAUCUUGCUAGAGAGAUUCAACAGAAGAAGCUCUCUCCUUGUGAACUGCUUGGUCGGAGGAGCAUUAGGAGUGUUAUGUUUCGUUCUAACCCUUUUCGGACAAACAAACAUCGCUUUUGUAUUUGAACUUGGCUCGUUCUUCUGCGCUAGGAUAGGGUUUAACUUGAUGGCGGUUUAUAUGAUUGAGAUGUUUCCAACAAGCGUGAGGAACUUUGCGACAACGAUGCUUAGAAUGUCGCUUGUGCUUGGAGGAGCUGCUUGUCCAAUCAUUGCUUCUGUCGGAAGAAAUGUUCCGUCGCUCUCUUUUGCGGUUUUUGGGGUUACGGUGGCGGGUCUUGGAUUAUUCACGUUGUUUCUUCCUGAGACUAAAGGGUCAAGUCUUUGUGAUACAAUGGAAGCACAAGAGCUGAGGGAACAAGCCAUGGAGACUAGCAAUAUAUAGUUUUUUAUGUGUAUUCUUUAUAUGUGAAAGUUUUAUACUUAAUAACUCGAAUCAUUUCGAUCAUCAUUGCCAAAAAUAAAAAUGGAUUAUCAUCAGAAAAUAGAGGUAAACGUAGGCUAAAACUAAUGCCAGUUGGGCAAUGUUGAAAUAAAUGUUUAUCCUUAUUUUUUUUCAUAUAAUUUUUAUUGUAAUGUUUUACAUACAAUAAAAAUUGUCGUCUAAAGUGA